AUGGAGCAGGAGAGCGACCGGACAAAAGUGCUGCCCGACGAUGUGCUCGCGGAUGUCCUCGCCCGCCUCGCUCCACGCAGCCUUGCCACGUCCCGGUGCGUUUGCAAGACGUGGCGGGGCAUCACCGACGGCUCCCGCGCGUUGCGCAACAUCUUCCUCCCGAAUUCAUUGACCGGUAUCUUCAUCAACUUCAAUGAGCUAACGCAUUCAGAAUUCUUCUCCCGCCCAUCGCCCACCAAGAUUGUUGGUGUCGGUGAAAGGCUCGCCAACCGUGUGAAGGAUCGCUGCAACGGUCUUCUCUUGCUUUAUGAUGCGGUGGCUAACCCAAUAAGACGAUGGGAGGCACCAUUGCCACCGCCCCAAAGCCUAUGGGCGGAGUGCUUCUUCGAGGAUUCCUAUCUUGUGUUUGAUCCUACGGUGUCAUCGGACUAUCAUGUGUUCUUGAUACCUCGUAUUCCGUAUAUCGAGCUUGACAUAGAGCCAUUUGAAGACCCCAUGGUUGAGAUUGACCCCGUGGUGUUAGAAUCGGAAUGGCCACCUACUUCAUGGACCCUGCGGGUCUUCUCAUCGUUGAAUGGGCAAUGGGAGGAAAGAAUAUUCAUGCGACAAGGGGAGGCUGCGGGGAUUGUGUCUGACUUGGCAACAGACUAUUCAUGGGAUAAGCGUCACGCCGUCUAUUGGUGUGGUGCAUUAUAUGUGCAUUGCGAAAAAUAUUUUGUUAUAAGGUUGUCAUUAUCAGGUAACACAUAUCAUGUCAUUAAACCACCAAAAAGUCUUGAAUCCGAGAGUUUCCCGAAUUGUUAUCUUGGGAAUUCGAAGAAAGGGGUGUAUUAUGCCUUGCUACUUGAAAAUGGAUGCAAGUUGCAGGUGUGGGUUCUUAACGAAUCACAUGAAGAUGUUAACUACAAUGAAGAAAAGAACAUUCAGCAUUACGAUGAAACCAAUGGAAUAGAAGAGGAUUUUGAAUGGAACUCUGAAAAUGAUGUCUUAGAUACAGAAGAUACGAUCAACAAGGGUGGCUAUGAUUCAAUUCUUGGAUUUCAUCCUUUCAAAGAGAUCGUUUUUCUGAGUAGAAAGUUGAGCAGAAAUUUGAGCAGGGGAUUGGCAUACCAUUUGAAUACCUCGAAGAUUGAAGACUUGGGUAACUUAUGCCCAAAGGAUUACGAUGAUAUUACUGGCCAACGUGGACGUAUUGAAGCUUCUUUUAUGUAUACACCUUGUUGGGUGAAAUAG